AUGGUCUUUCGCUCAGGCAUAUGGCAGUCUCGAACUCGAAUCCGCUCAAGCAACUGCAAGGAACUUCUUCAACAAGGUCGUGGAAAACUACAGAGCGGUUUGAAAGGCCAUCAACGGAAAACUAACGUAAAGCGGAUUCUUCACAGGGUUCAUCGACAAGACCUCAUAGAUGACGCCGGGCGAGGCUGGCGCUCUCCAUGGCUCCGGCAGGCUUCACUGAUAGCGAUAACUGGAAUCCUGGGUAGUAUUAUUUUGGGACUCGCCCUCUUGUUUUACUUCUCCAAAAGCACAGAGGGCUUACCUCUGAAGAUCAAGAACCAUUUCGCGUGGACCUAUGGACCGACAGCGAUCCUCACAAUAGUAGUGGCUUAUUGGCGUCAAAUUGACACAGCCUCCAAAGCUCUGACGCCAUGGGACGAGCUUCGGCGUGGCAAUGCUGAGCCCUCAAAGAGUAUUUUGUUGGACUAUAUGUCUCCAUUGCAAGCCAUAAGCUUAUACGAAGCCAUCCGGGCAAAGCAUGGUGCGAUUGUAGUGACAAUAACAGGCUUCGUUAUCCUCAAGCUUCUUACCCUAGCAUCCACGGGUUUAUUAUUCUCGACUCCAACAGCUUUAUCUUCUGUGAACCGGAACAUUAUCAGAAAUACUCAAUUAGAUGGUGCCUUGUAUGAGCCCACGUCUUUCCCUGGCCUUUUCGAUCCGUCAAUGGCGUACACUGCGUAUGCCGUCAUGGCGAACGGGUUACGACACCCUGAGGGAACGACAACAGAAUUGGUAUACGAGCAGAUUCAACCGUUGUUAAGGAACAGGGUUGAGAACACUACAUUGAAAACUCGGGUGAACGCAUUGAUACCCAUGUUUUCUUGCGAAAGCGCACCAGUCGACAUCUACCUCCAGCCAGCCAACGUGACAGAUGUACAUCCUGAAGAUACUAUCAAAUUGCUCUUCCCCGAAUGCACCUUACGCAACGAUGGUAAGGGCACUUCAGUAUAUGCUCUGAAUCCACGGAAUCUUGUCUGCCCCAAACGGCAGCUGAGCCCUCUUCUUCAACAAAUCGACUGCAUAGAUCAGACCGCAUCAGAUGCAGAUCAACAUUGGCAGCUCCUGACACUAGCAGACUACCGAUAUCAGCAGUCUUUUGCAAACACCACUGGUCUGAGUUUAGGAGAUUCGAACGUUGUGGCAUCAUCGUCUUCAAGGCAAGUUGAAAAAGUCAUUGGUGUUGCAUGUCGGUCAGAUUUCUUGAUGGAAGAAGUCGAAGUGAUUUAUGACUAUUCUCAAGACCCGCCAUUCAUCCUCGUAAUACGCGUGCCACAGUCGCGGUCCAUCAAACUGGACAACUUCACAGGCGCCGAUCUUGGACUUCUCACCACCUCUGCACUGACCGCUGGUGCUGGCAUGUUUGGAAAUUUUGUUGACAACCAAGCUGUCCUGGAGUACCCCAAUACCCUGUUCAAGAUGAUGGCCCAAACUAGUAAUGGGUCUUACGAAACCCUUCUGGACGAAGGUGUCAUGAUCAAUGCGGCCGAAAAGGUCCUAAAUCAGGUUGCUAUCCAGUCAGUGUCAAAAUAUCUGGUUAGGGCCGCCAUUUCUACGAUAUCAGGAACCGUUUCCGAAGUCGAGGAAAGGUUGCAAGUCAACGAGGCAGCAUUCAUAGUGAUGCUGUGUGCUUCCGGACUACUAGUGGUACUAACCUUCACCCUGUUCUUCAUCUGUCCACAGCGAGCAUGCUCAAAUGACCCUAUGCCGAUAAGUAAUACAGCACUUGUACUGAGUCUGAGUAAUGAGAUGAAGCCGUUGCUAGACAAAAAUAUGCAUGUUGGUGGUGAGACACGUGCAGACCUUCACGACCGCAUGAAAGAUUGUACCUUCAGCUUGGUGCCUCGAAAAAGCCAUGAUCAAAUACUUGUCUCAUUUCAGCCAACCAUCACAUCUUCCAUUCAAGAUACUACCCCAAAAUCCAGUCCUGUGGAAACUCAGCAGUGGUGGACCCCGUUGACUCUACAACGUUGGGUCCUUGCGCCAGCGUUGGGCCUCCCUCUUGCUGCCUUGAUAGUCUUGGAAGUAUUGCAGCAACUCUGUGAUCGGUACACUGGUAUCGCCACGCUACCAGCACAGGCGAGCGAUGUUUCAAUUAUUAUUUACACAAGAUUUCUACCUGCCCUCUUUAUGCUGCUCGUCGCAACAUUGAUCAACGCACUUGAUUUCAAUGUUCUCCUUCUCGCACCUUUUAACGCCCUUCGAGCAGAAAGCGAUGUUCCACCAGCACAAAGUGUGCUUGUUUCUUUUCUUGGAUUACCAGUACCAGUCACCAUUUGGAAAUCUCUUCGUCUACGGCACUGCGGUGUCUUAUUGUCAACCAUCGCUGCCUUAAUUGCUAGCAUAUUGACUAUCAUUGUAUCAGGCCUAUUCACCAUUGAGAACAUCGCAAGCUCGCAAGCCGUCUUCCUGGUUCGUAUGGACCAGUUCAACAGCACAUGGAUAAACAGUGCGAAGAACGACAGCUCGGCAGCUGUACUUUCGAGCUUGACUGAGAGCCUUGGACUGGACUAUCCAGCAUUCACGUUCGCAGAGUAUGCUUUCCCUACGCUACGGACUAGCAUCGGAACAGACGGUCCAAAUGCCAGUGACCCCAAAGUUCGGAUUCAACUCCCAGCUCUACGAAGCGAUCUAGGAUGUGUUCAGCUCUCCAAGGAGAUGAUGAAUGUCUCGGCCACAUUCAACACCCGAAUCAAUGCAGCGAGUGCAUCGGUGUUCGCACGAGUGCCACUGCCACCAGAAUGCCAGCUUGGCGGCUCCGAUGGCAAUCUGACCGAACUCGAGUUCGACAACUCGUUCUCGAUGCGUGGCAAUACAAGCUUUGUUGGAAAAAUCUUAGAUCUGCACGUUGGUCCAUUCGAUUCGAUUAGCGCGUCUAGUUCAGGUGAACUAUCUCCAAACACGCAGCGAGAUAACCCGCCUGAUUGCCCGUCACUGGCGUUUAUAUUCGGAUACGCCAACGUUGACGUCCCGGCCGAGACCACAAUAACAGCGUUGAUGUGCUAUCAAUACAUCGACGAACUAGAGGCAAACGUCACAAUGACAUGGCCAUCUCUAACCAUCCUCCCUUCCCAACCCCCCGUUCCAGACGAAAUCACCAGGAGACGACUUCCCAGUGGCCCAAACGGGGAAACCGCAUUCCAGUUCCGCUUACAGGUGCACAUGGACGACGAGUUCUCCUCCUUCAACCAAUCCACAGACAAUACAACGACCACCUCCGGCAGCGCCCCGCCUCUUGACAACUUCUUCCAAGGGGCGAUAUUUGGCAAGUCAGCCCUCGACCCUGCACUUCUGCGCAGCAAAGAUGACAAGGCGGUUGGUCAGGUCUAUGACGCAAUCCGGGGCCUCUACCGACGCUACAUGGCACAAGCUAUCUCAGCAAAUAUGCGUGUCCCAGCAACGGCAACAGCAACGGCAACAGCAACAGGGCCCACCACCAAGCAACCCACCUUGACCGGCACGCUAGAGAGAGCGCACGUCUCACGCCGCGUCAUGCAGAAUCGCACCGCGAAACUCAUCCUGCAGUGUCAGCUGGGCGCAAUCUUCGUCCUAUCGUCGCUGGCAAUGUACCUCACGCAGCUGCGGAAUAUCCUACCGUAUAAUCCAUGCUGCAUCGCCGGUGUGGCGGCUUUGUUUGCGCAGAGCAGGAUGUGUGAUUUGGAUGAUUGGGUGGGAAGGAGGGUUCUGGAGGAUGGCGGCAAGGGUUUUAGAGAUGGGUGUUGGACCUUUCGGCUGGGUUGGUGGGACCUGAAUGGGCCGGUGUCGGAAGGGGGCCCGGGGAGGUGGUAUGGUGUCGAUGCUUUGGAGGUUGGAGGAGGCGCAUCUGCUGAGGAAGCCCCGGUCGAGCCUGUCGGUGUUGAUGAGCGGUAUCCUGCGUGGGUGUAG